AUGCUGCCCACGCCAGAUACCUCCCACGUCCCAUUUGAGCGUGUGUACGAGCCGGCAGAAGACUCGUACCUCCUUCUAGACACCCUCUCGGCCCCGUCCGAGACCACAUUCCUCACAUCACGCUUCGGCAGCGAAACAUCAUCAUCAUCAUCAUCAUCAAAGUCAAGACCAGCAGCCCCACUGGUCGUCGAAAUCGGCACCGGCUCCGGCGUCGUAAUAGCCUUCCUCGCCGCCCACGCAGCAACCCUCUUUGGCACCCCCGCCGUCCUCACCGCAGGCAUCGACCUAAACGGCCACGCCUGCCACGCCACAACCUCCACCGUCCGCCGCGCCGUCGCCGACAACCCGUCCACGGCCUCCCCCCUCUCUUUCUGGCUCGGCGCCUCCCUGGGCGACCUCACGACCCCGCUGCGCCCGGCAAGCGUCGACGUCCUCGUCUUUAACCCGCCCUACGUCCCGUCUCCGGAGCUCCCCGCGCAGUCCUCGGCCACGCUCGUCGCCGACGCGCAGACGAAGACCACGUUUGAUGAGGACUCGUACCUGCUUUCGCUGUCGUACGCGGGCGGGCGGGACGGUAUGGAGACGACGGACCGGUUGAUUGAGGCGUUGCCUGGGGUCUUGAGCCCCAGGGGUUGCGCUUAUAUUCUGCUGUGUGCGCAGAACAAGCCGGACGAGGUCAAGGGCCGGAUUGAAGGGUUCGGAGGCGGGUGGAAAGCCGUCACGGUCGGGGAGAGCGGGAAGAAGGCUGGGUGGGAGAAGUUGCAGAUCAUUAGGGUAUGGAGGGAGACGGAAGAGCACUCUAGGUAG